GGUGGUUGCCCACACACACGAUCCUGCCAAGUGGUGCCUGAACUUGUCAGAGGAUGCUGCCUCGCUCUCGUCCUUUCGAUAACUAGUGUCGCUCAAGGCGUCGUGGUGAUUGUACUUAACACGCAGGAUACUUGCAUUUCUUAUCUAUUUGUAACUUGUUGCCGCGUGAACUGGUGCUUGAAAGUGCGUUGACGUCCUCAGAAGAAUGUGGAUGUAGGGUAACUAUUGCCAAAGCAUAGUUACUUCGUGGUGGAGGCAAGUUCUGUGAGACACGUGGCAAAUACACCAAGCGCAGUGACCGCUGAAGUUGUCUGACUUGUUGUUUCUAUCAGGGGAGUGUUAAACAGUGACGCUGUGCAGUGAUGGAGCAGACAGUGAUGAGCGGCGGAGGCCUGCCGUUACCCGUAGCCACAUCGGGGGGUGUGAUGCCCCUCGGAUCCUCCCUUGCCACGCUAGCUCCCCUCGAGCCCCCGAGGUCCUCGCCGUACCCAGGACUCCUCCCGGGGGCCGAGUGGGGCCUCCUGGAGACCACAGACAUCACACGCGACUACGGAGGUCUUUUCUCCUCCUCCCUGGUUGAGUACGGACUGCCGCCCAUCCUUCCGCGGACACCCACGCCCCACGACGCGCUCCAUCCCUCCCACGACCUCACCUACACCUCAAGCCACUACCCGACGCCUGCCGAAUAUCCUGCCCCCCUCACCCCCGAGAGCGACCCUCCCUCCGACGGAAAUGGAUCUCCAACGUCAUCCCCGCCCGCGGCGCCGCACGCCCUCUCCACACAUACAUUCACACCCACGUCGCACUUCAGCACGCCCUCCACCCAGCACUUUACAAGCUCGUCGUACCUGCCGGCGCACACCACUACCUACUCCUUCAGCAGUCUGUCCCCGCCGACAGACGACCUCGCCACUCUAACGUCCGUCCUGCCGUCGUCUGGAGGAGGAGCCGCCCAGGAGUCGCAGCAGACGCCCCUGGGGUCCCUCCUCCCGUUGCCGACCUCCAGCGCCGGAGGAGAGCUGGCAUUCGGAGGCCUCGGAGGAGACGUCCUGACUUCUCUGGGCUCGCUCGUGACGGACCACCGCGCCGACCUCGCCGCCGACGCUUCCGACGCCGCAGAGGAAGCGGUCAAGGCCGACCUCCUGGGGAAGCCGCGGAAGGAGCGCACAGCCUUCACGAAGCACCAGAUCCGGGAGUUGGAGGCCGAGUUCCAGCACUCCAACUACCUCACCCGCCUCCGCCGCUACGAGAUUGCCGUCUCGCUCGACCUCACCGAGAGACAGGUAAAGGUGUGGUUCCAAAACCGACGGAUGAAGUGGAAGCGGACGAAGAGUGGCCAGUUGGCCAUGAAGCGACAGCAGCAAGCACAGCAAGAAGCUCAGCAGCAGCAAGAACAGCACCAACAACAGCUCGAGCAGCACCAACAGCAGCAGCAGCUGGAACUGAAGAGCAAACAGCCGCUGGACUUGCCCAAGCUCCAGCACCCGGAGGAGACUAAGCCUCAGUUCCCGAGCUCGACCCCGGACGCCAGCGACAAAGCCCCCACUUCAGGCACCACCACCUCCUCCUUCUCAUCCACUACCUCUUCCACAGCCUCCUCCUCCUCCUCCUCUUCUUCCUCCUCCACUUCCACCUCUUCUCCUUCCUCAUCUUCAACGAUCACGAAAUCCGACCACGACACAAACAACGACAGCAGCACCAGGGGGGACACAGCGCCCCCUCGCGACCCCCUGCUGACGCCGGCGACGCCGCCCGCCCUCUCCGCCAGCCCCUCCCCGCUCCAGGCCGCCCACCACCACCACCAUCCCCACCACCAUCUCGAGGAAGCCUACAGCAGCCUCCACCCCGCCCUCGCCGCCCCCUCCACGCCCUCCAACCUAGCCUCCAGCCCGCUCCCCGGCCACCUGGAGGGCGGAGGCCACUACCACAGCCUGCACCACGACCUAGGAGACGCCACCUCCUUCCUGACGGAGGCUGAGGCCUGCUAGUAACGCCGCCCGCCAGUCUUGCGCUUCAGGCACUCGCUGCUUUCACUUUCUCCUUUCUAACUCACUCGUUUUAAUUAGUAUUAUUGACUAAUCUCAUAUUUAUUUAUACGAUUAUAGGGUAAGGAAGGCCAUUUUUGUUAUUUUUAUUCUCGAUUCUCACCGCCUGUAGCUGAAUGAUUUGUUUAUAUAUUCCUUUUCAGUAAACAACUUUAAAGACAGCUUAGCAAAGGGUUGUACGAUGAAUGAUACUCAUUAUGAUUAUGUUUUAUAAAGUAUAAAUUAUGACAUGAAAGAGUUUAAUUUAUAAAGUAUAAGAAAACAUGCUAUUGAUUCUGAUAUCUGUCCUAUAUGGCACAGCUUUACGCUAAAUCCCCACUUAUUUUUACUAAUGCUAAAAUUGAAUUUGCAAACCCAGUGUAAACUUUUCUUAAAUGAUAAAGCGAUUUUUGAACGACAAUUAUUAAUGGUUGGUGGCAAAGAAGCGAAAGGUAACUGAUUAUUCAAAAAGACUUAAAUGACUGAUAUAUAUAUUUUUCAUCUUUCUUAAAUUCAUUAGCCAAAACUGCCACCACGUAGCAUUAUAAUGUCGUUAUACCGACUCAACCUUGCAACACUGUUACCAACUCAAUCUUUUGUGUGAUACAUAUUAUAAGCUCAUAGUGGUAGUGUAAAAUUGCAUAGUUACUGUGUACGUGACGUGAAAUAACACAUUUGUAUUUGUGAUAUGUUUUUUGGCAAUAUAUCAGUAGUGAUACUUACCUCUGUAACAUGAUAAUGAACAAAUACUGUAUAACUGUGUAAUAAACGCUCGUAACUCAGUGUUAUGGUAAUUCUCGACCAUGUAAUAGCUAUAAAUUGAUAGACUAUUUAGUUUUUAUUUUAUAUGUUUCUUAUAUUUCAGUGAGCUUGAUUUUGCAAUAAAAUUGAGCAUGCAUG